AUGGCGCCAACGACAAAGGAAGAAUAUCUCAAUGCGGAAGCCGAUUUCCACAAGUCAGUUUCGCGAUCUGCCCCGCGAAAAUACGAAAUCGUCUACUUCAGCGUAUUCAAGCACAUCUUGCUCCAUCUGUGUGCUGCAUAUGGACUGUAUCUAAUGUUUACUAAGGCUCAAUGGAAAACAGUGAUAUUUUGUAUGUGUUAUGCCUACGCCGGAGGUUUCGGCGUCACCAUCGGGGCACACCGUCUUUGGACACACAAGGCAUUCAAGGCGAAGUUGCCACUCGAAAUAAUAUUGAUGCUUUUAAAUUGUAUCGCAUUUCAAAGCACCGCAAUUGUGUGGAUACGGGAUCACAGACUGCAUCACAAAUACAGCGACACUGACGCGGAUCCGUACAACGCUUCAAGAGGCUUUUUCUUCUCGCACAUCGGAUGGUUGCUUGUGAGGAAGCACCCGAAAGUGAUAGAAAAAGGGAAGACCAUUGAUAUGAGCGACAUUAAUAACAAUCCCGUGUUGAAAUUUCAACAGAAAUAUGCAAUUCCCUUGGUGGGAAUGUGCUGUUUCGUCAUACCAACGCUGAUCCCAAUUUAUUUCUGGAAUGAAUCUUUCACAAACGCCUUCUACCUCAACAUGUUUCGCUAUAUUUACGGACUUCACGUAACGUUUUGUGUCAACAGCGUCAACCACUUAUGGGGGAACAAGCCAUACGACAAAAACAUCAAUCCAACCCAAUCGAUCAUCGUUUCUCUGCUGUCUGGUGGCGAAGGCUACCAUAACUACCACCAUGUGUUCCCAUGGGACUAUAGGACGGCCGAAAUCGGGAACAACUGGAUCAAUACGUCCACGUUGGUCAUAGAUUUAUUGCAUAAAAUCGGUCUAGCCCACGAUUUGAAGACGACUUCAGAAACGAUGGUGCAAGAAAGGCUAAAGCGAACUGGUGAUGGAAGCGAUUUAUGGGGGGUAGCUGCAAAAUUGUAA